CGGGCUGAGGCUCGCGGUCCUUCUCCACAGAGUCAUACCGUGAACAGCUCAUCAUACGUUGGGCGGCAGAAGGGUUGCCCCGCCAUCCGUGUGAGGCACCCGUCCUUUCACUCAAAAAGUUUUCCCUGCUUAGUUAGCGACCCCCACCAUCUGCCGAUAAAAACCUUCCGCCCCCCUCCACCACCUCUUCUUUUCCUCUUCGUCUCACACACCUCGAAUCGGCAAGCAUUCGUAUCUGUGACUUAAUCAACUUCAACUCCACUUUCAGAACUCACAACCGUCACCAUGGGUAAGGAGAAGACUCACAUCAACGUCGUCGUCAUCGGCCACGUCGACUCUGGCAAGUCGACCACCACCGGUCACUUGAUCUACAAGUGCGGUGGUAUUGACAAGCGUACCAUCGAGAAGUUCGAGAAGGAAGCCGCCGAGCUCGGCAAGGGUUCCUUCAAGUACGCCUGGGUCCUCGACAAGCUGAAGGCUGAGCGUGAGCGUGGUAUCACCAUCGACAUUGCUCUCUGGAAGUUCGAGACCCCGAAGUACUAUGUCACCGUCAUUGACGCCCCCGGUCACCGUGACUUCAUCAAGAACAUGAUCACGGGUACCUCCCAGGCCGACUGCGCCAUUCUCAUCAUCGCCGCCGGCACUGGUGAGUUCGAGGCUGGUAUCUCCAAGGAUGGCCAGACCCGCGAGCACGCUCUGCUUGCCUACACCCUGGGUGUCAAGCAGCUCAUCGUCGCCAUCAACAAGAUGGACACCACCAAGUGGUCCGAGGAGCGUUACCAGGAGAUCAUCAAGGAGACCUCCAACUUCAUCAAGAAGGUCGGCUACAACCCCAAGACCGUCCCCUUCGUCCCCAUCUCCGGCUUCAACGGCGACAACAUGAUCGAGGCCUCGACCAACUGCCCCUGGUACAAGGGCUGGGAGAAGGAGACCAAGACCAAGUCCACCGGCAAGACCCUCCUCGAGGCCAUUGACAACAUCGACACCCCCGUCCGUCCCUCCGACAAGCCCCUCCGUCUGCCCCUCCAGGACGUCUACAAGAUUGGCGGCAUUGGCACGGUCCCCGUCGGCCGUGUCGAGACCGGUGUCAUCAAGGCCGGCAUGGUCGUCACCUUUGCCCCCGCCGGUGUCACCACCGAGGUCAAGUCCGUCGAGAUGCACCACGAGCAGCUUGCCGAGGGUGUCCCCGGUGACAACGUCGGCUUCAACGUCAAGAACGUCUCCGUCAAGGAGAUCCGUCGUGGCAACGUCGCCGGUGACUCCAAGAAUGACCCCCCCAAGGGCUGCGACUCCUUCAACGCCCAGGUCAUCGUCCUCAACCACCCCGGCCAGGUCGGUGCCGGCUACGCCCCGGUUCUUGACUGCCACACUGCCCACAUUGCUUGCAAGUUCUCUGAGCUGCUCGAGAAGAUCGACCGCCGUACCGGCAAGUCCAUCGAGAACGCCCCCAAGUUCAUCAAGUCCGGUGACGCCGCCAUCGUCAAGAUGAUUCCCUCCAAGCCCAUGUGCGUCGAGGCUUUCACCGAGUACCCCCCUCUCGGCCGUUUCGCCGUCCGUGACAUGCGCCAGACCGUUGCCGUCGGUGUCAUUAAGUCCGUUGCCAAGUCCGACAAGUCUGGUGCUGGCAAGGUUACCAAAGCGGCGCAAAAGGCCUCCAAGAAAUAAGCGGAUCGCAUCACUGGUGCUUUUGCUUAUGUCUUCUUUCGAUCGGCUGGUUUCGGGUGUCUGCGGAUGCCGCGAGCGGGUCACUUUCUCUUUUGCUAAUGGAUUAUGACAUGAUUCACGGG